AUGUCCCACCGCGCUUUCCUCGCGCGCGCGUCCGUCUCGGACGCGAACACCGUGCGGUACUUCGCCUACGGGAGCAAUCUCGACCGAGGAACGUUUGAAGGGACGCGCGCGAUGAAACCGCGCGCGUCGACCCCGUGCGUCCUCCCUGGCUACCAGCUCGCGUUUAACGUACCCGGGCUCCCGUACGUCGAACCGAGUUUUGCGUCCGUCCGCGUAGCGCCCGCCGACGCGGUGGAGCGGUUCGAGAGGGAGUGUCACGGCGUCGCGCACGAGAUCACCGAGGCUGAGUGGGCUCGGCUCGUCGCGACGGAGGGUUCGUACGACGUCGUCGACGUCGAUUGCGUCGGGUACGACGGUGCGGUGCUGAAGUGUCGAACGUUAACGCACAGAACGAUGAAAAAUUUCGGUGAGCGAGCGCCGAGCGCGCGAUACGCAAAUUUGUUGCGAAACGGAAGUCGUUUUCAUGGACUGGACGCGGAGUGGAUCGAGUAUUUGGACGCGUUGGAGGUAUUCGAGCCGGUGGAUUUAGACCCGAUGCAGCGAGUGGCGCUGGCGAUGUCGGUGGGGCCGACUUUGUUGGCGGCGGCACCGAUCGCGACGGCGGCAGCGGGGAAGCAGAUCGCGAAUGGGGAUGGGAGACGCGCCGUGAUCGACGCUUUUUUGGAGACGCAAGACGUCGCGUGGCGCGUGCAAAACGAGUUCUUUGAGCCGUGGAUCAAGGGUAAUCGGAAGUAG